CUUGAAUGUGCAGCCUUAAUAAAACGCACAAGGCUGUGAGUGCAAAUAGCAGUCCUGCUGCAGGCACAGCACAGGCUAAGGGGACCAGGCUUUGCAUGUGCAGCCGAGUGGCUAAUCUUUGGACUGCAAAUGAGUGGACACAAUAGAUGCUGGCUGCCAAUGCUCUAAAUAUAUCUAUUGGAGCUGAAAAGACGUUAUCACUGGGGUGACACCAAAAUAGUGCAGCUGGAGCAAAUCCUUUCCUUUUUUUUUUACAGUGCUGAAACUUUGUAUCCUAAACUUCCCUGGGAGAAAUUAGGAAGCCCUUGAAAGGAAACCUGCACUUCUUUUUUUUUUUUUAAACAAGUUGAGGAGAAGAUGGCAUUGGGGAUGUUGUAUGCCCUGUGGGCAACCCUGAUGGUGAGCAUAGAGGGCAGUGGGCAGAGGAAAGGCACAGACAGCGCAGGGAGAAGAUUUAACCGGAUCCAGCAUGGCCAGUGCACUUACACUUUUAUUCUGCCUGAACUGGAUGGCAAUUGUCGUGAGGGGGCUACGGAGCAGCAGUACAACAACGCGCUGCAGAGGGAUGCUCCGCAAAUGGAUCAGGAUUUUUCCACCCAGAAAAUUCAACAUCUGGAGCAUGUCAUGGAAAACUACACGCAGUGGCUGCAGAAAUUGGAGAACUAUAUUGUGGACAACAUGAAGUCAGAGAUGGUUCAGAUGCAGCAAAAUGCGGUUCAGAACCAGACGGCUACUAUGCUGGAAAUAGGAACAAAUUUGCUGAGUCAAACGGCAGAGCAGACUAGGAAGCUCACUGAUGUGGAAACUCAGGUUCUCAAUCAAACUUCCCGACUGGAGAUUCAGUUGUUGGAAAACUCUUUGUCGACAUACAAGCUUGAAAAACAGCUCAUUCAACAAACUCAUGAGAUUGUAAAAAUUCAGGAGAAAAACAGUCUAUUAGAAAAUAAGAUAAUGGAGAUGGAAGGGAGACACAAGGUGGAACUGGACACAAUAAAAACGGAGAAGGAGACGUUACAAGGCCUUGUCUCCCGUCAGACCCACAUCAUACAAGAGCUAGAAAAGCAGCUGACCAAGGCCACAAAUAAUAACAGUAUCUUACAGAAACAACAACUGGAGCUUAUGGAUACUGUUCACAAUCUGGUUAAACUCUGCUCCAAGGAAGGAGUUUCAAUAAAGAAUGCAAAGAGAGAUGAAGAGAAACCUUUCAGAGACUGUGCAGAUCUAUACCAUGCAGGCUUCAACAAAAGUGGGGUGUACACAAUAUAUAUAAACAACGUUUCUGAACCUAAAAAGGUGUAUUGUAAUAUGGAAACGGCAGGUGGAGGCUGGACAGCAAUUCAGCACAGAGAAGAUGGAACCGUGGAUUUCCAAAGAGGCUGGAAAGAAUAUAAAAUGGGGUUUGGCAGCCCAUCUGGUGAAUUUUGGCUGGGGAACGAGUUUAUAUUUGCAAUAACGAGCCAAAGGCAGUAUUCAAUGAGAAUUGACUUAAUGGACUGGGAAGGCAAUCACGCACACGCACAGUAUGACAGAUUCCACAUAGGAAAUGAGAAACAGAAUUACAGAUUAUACUUAAAGGGUCAUAGCGGAACAGCAGGAAAGCAAAGCAGUCUGAUCUUACACGGGGCUGAUUUCAGUACAAAAGACGCGGAUAACGACAACUGUAUGUGCAAGUGUGCGCUUAUGCUGACCGGAGGUUGGUGGUUUGAUGCUUGUGGCCCUUCUAAUCUUAAUGGAAUGUACUACAACGCUGGCCAAAACCAUGGAAAACUGAAUGGAAUAAAAUGGCAUUAUUUCAAAGGGCCAAGCUACUCUUUGCGUUCAACAACAAUGAUGAUUCGACCAUUGGACUUCUAAUUCAGAAGAUAAUGACAAUGGAAUACUUUCAGUUAUGGGAAGUUUAUUUGUAUUUUAUAUCAGUUGUGAAAAUAUGGAAUGACUUACAGUAUUCCCAGCACACAUAAGGAAAUCCGUGUGAGGGUUUGCUGAUCUCCUUUUGGAAAUAUACCUUCACAAUCAAAGCUGCUGGAUCUACAGCAAACAACUGCAAAAAUGGUUGAGCCAUUAUGGAUUUGUUCUUCAUUGACUCAGUGCUGAACUUGCCAUAAGAUAACAGGUCCUGUAUAUCUCAUGGUAUUGAAACUGAGUAGUCAGUAUGUUUUGAUAAAAAGACACAUAUUACCCAACAAUUCUCGAUGAUUAUGUGGACUGGGGAAAAAAUAAAAAACUUUUGCAUCAACGCACAUUUAAAACAUUCUGGUUCAUGCUAUUUCUAUAUUUUUCUAUGGACUUUUUCAGAAGACUGUCUUCAUGGGCUGGAUAUGUAGAUACGCAUCAAAUCUUUCAAUAUACUUUCAAAAUGAAAAUGUGAAUUUGUUCCAUUAAGUAUUAAAACAUGAACCUUUUAUAUCUGCUUAAAGUGCUUGGGGGGUGUAGGCACAAAAACAACUAAAAUACAAAGAAAAAAUAACAUUGUUACCAAACAAAAACAAUUUAAUUCUUCCAUCAAUGUGGUUGGUUGGUAUGUGAUAUCCUUGUUUAACCAAUAAAUGUGUUUUUUGAAAAGAGGCCACUUGGGCAGGAAUAGAUGAAAAAUGUAAAAGGAAGGGUAAUGAAAAUGUACCUGCUGGCCACAUGCAAAGGAAUAAUCAUUUUGUGACAAUAAGCAUGUUUUAGUAGCUCACUGGAAAUCAACAUAACUGAUUUAAUAAUGGUAUCAAUAUUAAAUACAAUGUAUAAAGACCUGGAUGAGUGCAAUGGCCACAUGGAGAUAACGUCCUUUAUUUCAAGUUGGGAAUAAGCGGCAGGUACCUUUAUUUUGGGAUCUUAUUACAGACAUCCAUAGGCAUGCAACUAACUAUGAUCAGUGAAGGCAAAUCACUGAAAGACAGCCCUUGAUAUAAGCCACAUUUAAGAAGAUGUCUUCUAUAAAUAGAAUAGGUAUCGGUAGCUUGUCAAUAUAAAAUUAUAUAGGAGGUGGCACUGGAAUUUGGUGAGAUGGUUCAGAGAACCAACACAUAUCUGUCUUCUGGAAUGAAGCGAGUGAUUCCUUUUGCAGCUUCCUUUAGUCCAAAGGUGCCAGAACAAAAUAGUGGAACUUUGGAUGUGACCAUCAAAAGAAAAAAGGUGGAGUCCAAACUGAAGAGUUCAGUAAGCUUUAAGUUGAAAGUUUCUAAAGUUUUUACUCAUUACACCCCACGUAUAUAAUCAACUUUCAACUUCCUGCCAGUUCAUUUGGCACUCUCUUUUUUUCCCAUUGCAUGUACCACGUUGAGGUCACCAGUUCCUCAGUAACUGAAUGGACUGAUAUUUUUUUUAAAUAUUGCUUCAACUCACAAAGGGUCUUAAGUAAUAAAAACACAAAUUUAACUGUGGCUGGCAACAACCAAUGAAAAUGCUUGUUUUGUGCCAGUGCACCAGCUGGUAUACCAUACAUCAGCCUCAAUAUGGUUGCCACAAUAAUGUCUCAAGGGAAAUAGUUUGGGCUGUUCAUGGUAGCCAUGAAGAUUCUUCCUAGCCCUUUCUGAUUUCAUUAGGAGUAAUGGAAGCUGGUAUAUUAGUACCUAUGGGUAUCACAGAAAUACUUUGUUUUGUACAUCAUGUCCAAAGGCAGGGGUACGGUCGCUGUCAGAGUAGGCCUGCAGUGUACUAGGGUAUCUACAAUGAUAUCAUCUCACCCUAGACUCAAACCAAAUUGUAACAAUAGAAGGUACUGAUCACAGUUCUCAUAACAGCUUCCUAUGUCAUGAGAGUGAAGUGUUUGCAUCAGGUUAUGUUAAAAGGUGGGGGGUGCUAAAAUGUAAGUGGCAGUGCUUUGCAUUAUUGCAACUCAGUACAUUUCUAAAAUACUGUUUAACUUUCCAAAUAAGGGGAAGCUUUACUAUAUGCUGUCAGGAUGCUGUCAGUUACUGUGUGAAGAGUGUAGAGAGACUGAAACAUAUGAGGUAUUAAACAACAUACAUACAGUAUACGUCUGCACGUCAAAGUUGGCCGUUGAGUUGCAAAAAAUUACAAACAAAUGUUAUUAAACAUUUGCUCUACAGCAUGCUACUAGGGAGGAUGUAUGUGUAGCACACAGUUACACUUGCAGAAAAGACCAAAAGCACAUCUGCACCAACUAUGCUUUUAAAUGUAGUUUACAUAUAUAUUUUAAUAAGAUCACAACAAUAUAUGGGUUUGAAGCACAAGUACCACAAGAAGAAUAAACCAAUUUAAGCAAAUCAAUUCUCAUUUACCCAACCACAAUACGGUAUUACAGUACAUGUUAAAGCUAAAUUGUUACACAAGGUAGCUGUAAAAAAUACUUUUUUACACUUUUAUUUUUCAUAGCUUUGUUUAUCUAUAAUAAACCUUAGUAUACAUGUAUGGAGUAUGGUUGUACAACAUAUAUAUUAUGCAUAUGUUUGGUAUAUUUUUGGUAUAUGACCUCCUUGUAAGAGGCCCCUGCUUUCUAUAACUACAUUCCCUUCCAAGUCACUGUUUGUAAAAAGCAAGUGGAUAGGGAGAUCAGAACUUUUCAUAAGCAUGUUUGUUCCAGAUCUGUGACUCAACAUAUACUGAAGCCAGAUAUCUAUAUUACAGCUAAUCAUGUUCAGAAUGAGAGGUUAGGAAUGGUGGCCUUCAUAUUUUUAUUGGUACAGUAUCCAAAACUCAACUCAAACUGAGUUUUGGUUGAAGACUGAAAGGUUUAAUCACCCACUGUCCGAUGACCUCUCUUAUAUAUGGUGGACCCUAGACAUGAGAUCCGGGCUCUACCCACAUAAUGAAGAGGUCUCACUUUCUCUGCUGGAGACUCCCUAUGCCCUUAUUAUAAUGAGUGAGGCCACCUUGACUGACUAAAGUUUAUGAGUAUUUGGUUUAAUUGAACACCUCUUUAUAUGAAUCCCUAAGAAAUGUCAAAUACUUAUAAACCUCUAACCAACAUAGGGAUUAGGCAAUCAAAAAAAAAAAA